AUAGGCGGGGUUACGCUGACAGUGCGUUUGUGCAGCACUCUCCCACCCCUCCUGCUCCUCACAGCCGUGGUUGCCGUGGCACCGGGUGGAGGGAAGGAGGCGGUGGCCGGCACGGUACAUAUCGGGAGACCUGUUACUUAGACGGUAUCAACGCGGACGGGCAUGAAGGACCGGCUGACCGAGUUGUCAGCGGGUAAACAAAAUGAAGAAGAUGGAGAAACAGUGGUUGUUAUUCAGAAUGAAAAUUUUAUGGAUGAUUUUUUCAAUCAGGUAGAAGAGAUAAGAAAUUGUAUUACUAAAAUAUCUGAAAAUGUGGAAGAGGUGAAGAAGAAACACAGCACAAUCUUAUCAGCACCAAAUCCUGAAGACCGAACCAAGGAAGAUCUUGAAAGCCUUAACAAAGAAAUCAAGAAUAUCGCUAAUAAAGUGCGAACAAAGUUAAAGUCCAUUGAGCAAACAAUUGAUCAAGAUGAGAAUUCCAAUAGAUCCUCCGUAAACUUACGAAUUCGUAAAACACAGCAUACAGUAUUGUCCAGAAAAUUUGGAGAAGUUAUGACUGCGUACAAUGAAACGCAGGUCCAGUUCCGAGAGCGCAGCAAGGGACGAAUUCAGCGUCAGCUUGAAAUAACUGGAAAAACAACAACAGAUGAAGAAUUGGAGGAGAUGUUGGAGUCUGGGAACCCUUCAAUCUUUACAUCCGAUAUCAUUUCAGAUUCCCAAAUAACAAGGCAGGCGCUGAAUGAAAUUGAAUCUCGCCACAAAGAUAUCAUGAAGCUGGAGUCCAGCAUACGAGAACUACAUGACAUGUUUAUGGAUAUCGCAAUGUUGGUAGAAACUCAGGGUGAAAUGAUUAACAGCAUAGAGAAGAAUGUGCUAAAUGCUGUAGAAUAUGUAGAACACGCCAAAGAGGAGACCAAAAAAGCAGUGAAAUACCAGAGCAAGUCUCGCCGGAAAAUGAUCUUCAUAAUUAUCUGUGUAGCCGUCUUGCUGUUGAUACUUGUAAUCAUCCUCGCAACUACGCUGACUUAACAUACACGUUGCAAGAUUCUUCGACCAGACCACCUUCUCGCAUGAAUUUGAACCAUUCUGUGGUCCUCUUCCCAUAAAGCCCUGAGCUCAUAUUUGCAAACUUAUAUCAAUUAUUAAACUUGGGUCCCUCUUAAAAUGGGAGGGCAGGUGAGUACUCUGUAGGGCAGGGUGUUCAAGUGUCUUUUAAUUGUCUUGAUUAGAAAACUGACCUCUUAAUACCAUGCCAAUGUAAGGGUCACUCCAUGGAAGCAAAAAUUCACAAAUGUGUGAAUAUGGUUUUAGUGUGCUCUAAUAUGCCAUGGUUUUAUUCUUUUUUAAGACUUGAUUGUGAUCCAUUAGUUUGCACAACACAUCACUAUUUACAGGCUGUCCCCAGUAGCUAUAUAACAUUAUUGUAUUUUUUUUUUAUUAUAUUCUAUAGUAGCUGUUGAAAUUACAUGCAAAUGCUGCUGUCUUCAGUGUUAACCAUUGUAAUAUGAAAUGCUUGUUAAUUUCCCCAUUCAUGUUGUUUUUAUUUCAAUAGCAUUUAACUAUUUCAAAGCCAUAUGGUCAUGACAGUUUGCUGGCCUGGUAACAGCAAAUAAUAUUGUAAUCACUGUUAAUCCUACCUACUUUAUUUUUUUUUCUUUCAAGCCAUCAUGGUUUUUUAAAAUUUAAGUCUAUUAUAUGAUUUGCAAGGCUCUGAAACACUACCACUAUGUGGUAAAAGUUCUUAGAAUCUAGACAGCGUUGAAACUAUAGAGAAAAUCUAAAUCCAA